UGGAUUCUCUUAGCUUUAGGCAAAGAAACUGACUGUAUUGUCAGCCUUCAAAUUCAUCACGGCUCUGGUUGAGAUGCCAAGAGAGUAUGAGCAGUACAGGCUACAGCUCAUAAUCGAGUACAACCGUCUGUUGGCCUGGGGUAAAGCAGCUGGUUUGGUUGACGUCCCAGAGGGCUCAACACUUGGCACCACUCUGGGAGCUGAUGGCAUCGAGCUCGUUGCAAUAGUGGCCCGAAUCCAGUGGCUGCUGUCGGAGUUCAGAGAGCUGAACGCCCGCUACGGCAACGAGCUGCCCCAGUCUUCCAGAUACGGCGGGGAGGGGGACGAUAAGGGAGCCGACGAGCAGCCGACCGACAUCGACAUCCUGAAAGAGGUGUCGAGCUUGGCCGUGUCAUACGAGGCAAAGAAGAAGGAACGCAGACAUCUGCGUGGCACCAACCACAUCCGCGAGUUUUUCGAAAAGGCUGGCCGCAACACCAAGGACAUCGUCACCCAUCCGGCCAGAGUACGGUGGAUUGCUAUUGACAAGGAAGCGUUCGGCGCGCUCCUGGAGGACCUCCACGCCCUAACGGAACGGCUCCAUGAGCUGAUGAGAACGUACAGGGAAAAGCAAAUUGACGACAUUAUGGCCAAGACGUACCGGGAAAUGAUCCUGACCAGAAACGACGUCCAGGAUCUGCGGGACAUGCUCGCCGCCGUCACCAGCCUGAUAUCCACGUCGGCGGUAACCCGCAAGAACAAAGAGGCCCACCCCAACGACAGGACUCUCCAGGGCCUCGUCCAGCUCAAGAAGCUCAGUCGAACUUCGGAGACCAUUCUGGCUCAGCUCAAGCGCGACACCAAGUUCGACAUCCAUCAAACCCGAUCCGACCUCGGCAUCACCGUCCGGCAGUACACCGAGUCCGACCUUAGCGAAGAGUUCACAUGGAACGAGACCGAGGUUGAGAAUCCCGAAUUCCUCCCCCGGCCGCGAGGCAUCCUCGUGACCAGCGAAGGCGACAUCCCCGUCUGGCUCGAGUGGAAAGGGCUCGGCGACGUGCCACCCAACUCCCUCAAGGACAAGGAAUCCGCCCUCCGAACAGUCGCCCUCGCCGAGAUGCUGCACCUGCCCAAGCCCCCCUCUCUCCACGUGCCCGACUGCGUCGGAUACUUCGACGACCGCGACGUCUCGGGCGCUGAGCGCUACGGCUGGUUCUUCAAGAUGCCCGAGGGCAGCGACUACGACACCCGCGUUGUCUCGCUAUACGAGAUCCUCGGUAACGCGCGGCUCAAGCCCAGCCUCUCGCAGCGGGUUGCCAUGGCGUCGAAGCUGUGCUCGACAGUGUUGAACCUGCAUGCCGUCAACUGGCUGCACAAGGGAAUCUUCAGCGAUAAUGUCGUGUUCUUCUUCGACGGAGAGCAGGACGAGGGGAAGGAAGGGGAAGGGGGGGUGAGCAAGAGAGCUACCGGCCGAGCCGGGCUCGACUACGAACCCGAAAAACCUAUCUUGUCCGGCUUCGAGUUUUCACGACCCGACGGCACCGAGACCACGGCGAGGGACGUGGAUAUCGUCUGGGAUCUGUAUCGUUGGCCUGGGAUCCAACGGCAGACGCCGACCGAGAGGAACUCAAAGAAGACGUACGACCUGUACAGCCUGGGCUUGGUACUGCUCGAGAUAGCACACUGGGAGAAGCUGGGUACGCUGAUGCAUUUAGGGGUGAAAGCCAGGGGAAGCAAGGAGGGCGAAAAGUUGCCCAACAUACCGCUCGAGGAGUCUAAGGCGGUGCGAGACUGGUUGCUGGAGGUCAAGUCAGGAGCACCGUUUGAGGCGGCGGGCCGACCGAACCCGCUCAAGGAGCUGCGCAACAUUGCCGGGGAUAGAUACUGGAAGGUGGUGGAGAGAUGUCUAUGGGCGCACGGCGAGAGAGGGUUCGGCGUGGAAGAGCGAGCGGAUCAGUCCAAUGACUCGGAGGUGGGGGUGCUGCUCCAGGAAGCAUUCACAAAGCAGGUAGUUGAGGAGCUAGAAGCUCUCCAGCUAUAACACGGCUGGGGAGGAUCUUAGGGGUGUGUGUU